AUGGAGUCUGGCGCCGACGAAGUAGUGUUCGACUGCGAUGACUACCGCAUAUACCGGAGCGGCAAGAUGGACCGCCUCUGUCGCCCGGCGCCUGCGCCCACCGGCCUAGACCCGGCUACCGGCGUCACGUCCAAAGACGUGGUCCUUGACUCUGCCACCGGCGUGUCCGUCCGCCUCUUCCUCCCCACCAGCCCAGAUCCCUUCAAGAAGCUCCCGAUCCUCGUCUUCUUCCACGGUGGCGGCUUCCUCGUCGAGUCGGCCGUCUCCCCGCAGUACCACAACUACGUCGCGUCCCUCGCUGCCGCGUCCGGCGUCGUCGCCGUCUCCGUCGAGUACCGCCUAGCGCCCGAGCAUCCGGUGCCCGCCGCCUACGACGACGCCUGGGCAGCGCUUUCGUGGGCCGCCUCGGCCCAGGACGAGUGGCUCGCCGAGCACGGCGACAGCGCGCGCCUCUUCCUCGCCGGCGACAGCGCCGGCGGCAACAUGGUGCACAACGUCCUCAUGAGAGCGUCGUUCCAGCCGGCGCCGAGAAUAGAAGGCGCGAUUCUUCUGCAUCCUUGGUUCGGAGGAAACACGUUCCUCGAAGGUGAGGCCGAGGCGACGGCCAAGGACAUGGCCAUGAUCUGGGAGUUCGCGUGCCCCGGCGCGGUGGGCGGCGCGGACGACCCGAGGAUGAACCCGAUGGCGCCGGGGGCCCCGGGGAUGGAGAAUCUCCGGUGCGGGCGGAUGCUCGUGUGCGCCGGCGAGAAGGACUGGCUGGCGUCCAGGGACCGAGCGUACUACGCGGCGGUGACCACGAGCGCGUGGCGCGGGAGCGUAUCUCGUGGGGGCGUGGCGUGGAUCGAGUCGGAAGGCGAGGGGCACGUCUUCUUCCUGAAGAAGCCGGACUGUGCCAAGGCCAAGGAGCUCAUGGCUCGCGUCGUGGCGUUCAUCAUACCGGCGCCUGAGCCCUGA